AUGUUGGUCAGAGCAAUUCCUAAGUUACUCUUACUGCUGAGCCCUUUUCUCUUCAUUCUCUGGCUCCUAAGCAGUCACAAGUCGGUACAGGUGUCUGAUAUCGACAAGUUUGGUGGCUUAUGGAAGAAGGGGGUCGCCGAUCACAGAGUUCUACACCCUUCGAGUGUAGGAAGUAAAGACAUCAUACAUCUACCUAUCCCUCCAGGACCAACACCUGAUGUUGACGAUGAUGGCCGGCCGAUCAUUUACCAGUCCGUGUACAAUGAGAUCAGCUCACUUUCAUCGGUCACCGCUCAGUUUCUCCCAAUUGCUUUUGGUGGACUUAAUGCAUACAAUCCAACCAUUAUCCCGCAUCCUAUCAAGUACGACCAAUGGAUCAUUAUCGCCUACCAGGGAGACAGCUUGAAACAGGGUGAUGGGUUCCACACCGAGCUGACUUGCAAUGCCGGCUUUGUGAACGGUGCACUGAGCUGUGCCGAUGUUCCAGUACCAGUGCCGCUGAAGGUCCACGAUCCUCAUUGCAAAGGGGCUCUGGCCUAUCUCAAUUUCGAAUUGGGACCUCGUGAUGCUAGAGUUGUGCACGGGCCGGAUGCACCUUACAUCUUGUACGGUGCCCACUCUGAAUAUACUUGUCUUGGGGUCUGGAUCCAAGACUUGCGUAUGCUUCUCGAAGACUAUGUUGUCGAAUCAAGUAUAUCUCAUCGAUUUACCGAGCCCAAGGAACUUCAGCGACCGCCACCCGUUAAAGAGCUUGAAAAGAAUUAUUUCAUAUUCUGGGAUUUUCAGCACAACAUCUAUGUGCACCAUGAUUUGUCCCCACACCGUGUCUUUGCGGCUGUGGAUUCCAACGGCCUUGUAGGCACGAACCUGGCUCCACAGGCUGCGAAAUCAGAUGACGCCUGUCUAGCCAGGUAUAUGCCAGUGAUCAGUUCGAAGUAUGAGACGAUUCACCAGGCGACAAAUUCACUGUCCAUCACUAUGUGCAAGCGUACCAAUUCUACUUGCCAGCCCAGUCCGGAAAACACGUUUAUCAUGCAUAUAUUUCACUUCAAGUCGUUUUAUGAGUGGCAUAGCGUUUAUGAACCAUAUGUGGUUCUCUUUCAACAACAAGCCCCUUUUGCUAUCCAUGGAAUAUCGAAGAAACCUUUCUGGGUACGUGGGCGACAAAUGCUCACUGAAUCGACAGGGGCCGUACAAUGGGAAGGUCGACAGCUACCAGUUGGCCAUUCCGAGGGAUUCUACAUGACGAGCAUGAGCUGGAAAACCCAUGGUCAAAAGUAUCAUGGCUAUAUGGACGACGAACUGUUUAUUACAUUUGGGAUAGAAGACUCCAAGCCGGGUGUAAUCGAUGUGCUUGCUAGCGACCUAUUGCGAGAUAUUGGACACUGUAAAGAUAGCCACUGA